AUGGAAACUGAAGGAGAAUCUUCCGUUUCCCCUACUGUUUUCUCCUACUGGGGAUUAAUUAGAGAUAUCGUCGAAAAUGCAGACGAUGACCCUGGAAAGCGCAGACUCUUAUCUGUUGCUGAAUUUUGCCUCCACUCUGCCUCUUGUUCCGCUUCUCGAUCCGCUUCUCGACCUCCGUCUCAAGCCUCUGCUUCACUUUCACUUUUAGAAGCCUCUCCUUCUAAAGUUUUGCCUACAUACCCGUCUUUAGUGGCACAAAUUUUAAGAUUGGGUCGAGAAUAUCCCUUUAAAUUAUUUGGAAAAGAUCCUGACACUAUUUGUGUCCCUUAUACUGCCUCUGAAGUUCAGUGGCUUUUACAGCUUUCUGGUGAGUGGACCGUUAAUUGUAUUUCCUUUCAAGGAAAAAUAGACAAUCACUACCCUGCUGAUAAGCUGGUCCAAUUUUUGUAUAAACAGCCCAUUGUUUUCCCCAAGCGGACCAAGACAUCCCCCAUCCCUGGGGCUGUAUUGGCCUUUACUGAUGGCUCCUCUUCUGGGAUUGCAGCCUUUAAUAUUAAUAACAAAAUCUUUCAGGCUCAGACUAAAUUUACCUCAGCACAACUUGUUGAAUUAGACGCCGUUAUUCAGGUUUUUAAAGUUCUUGCUGAUCAACCAUUUAAUCUUUAUACCGAUAGUGCCUAUGUUGCCACGGCGGUUCCUCUUCUUGAGACCGUUCCUUAUAUUCGCCCUUCUACAAAUGCUUCACCUCUUUUUGCCAAACUUCAACAAUUAAUACUAGCAAGAGAUGACCCCUUUUUUAUAGGACAUAUUCGGGCACAUUCGGGACUCCCCGGAACAUUAAGUAAAGGAAAUAAACUUGUUGAUCGGGCCACACAGAAUAUUGUUGUAACUGGCACAGUUGCCACCGUGGCCUUGCCCGAUCCAGUAACUCAGGCACAAGAGGCUCAUCGGUUACAUCAUUUAAAUGCCCAGACCCUUCGACAAAUGUUUUCCAUCCCCCGAGAACAGGCUCGACAGAUUGUUCGACAAUGUCAAGGUUGUCUGACACUUCUGCCUGAGCCGCAUUUGGGGGUCAAUCCCCGCGGUCUCACCCCCGGAGAGCUAUGGCAAAUGGAUGUGACCCACUAUCCACCCUUUGGCAAGCUAAGAUAUAUCCAUGUUUCCAUAGACACCUUUAGUGGAUUCCUAUGUGCCUCAUUACAGACCGGGGAGGCCACAAAAAAUGUUAUUAGUCAUGUCCUUGCCUGUUCUGCCUUCAUGCCCUUACCUAAGAUUAUUAAAACAGAUAAUGGGCCUGGUUAUACUAGCUCCAGCUUUAAGCAGUUUUGUGCUCAGCUUAAUAUUAAACACCUUACAGGCAUCCCUUACAACCCUCAAGGACAGGGCAUUGUAGAAAGAGCACAUCAAACCUUAAAAAACAUGCUUAAUAAAUUACAACAUUCUGGAGGAGUAUUAUACCCACGUAAAGGAGUGUCUGGGGGCCCGAUUUUGGGGGCCCGUCUGUUUGGAGACACGACCCAACCCGGACUUUUUGGGGCUUCGCCCCUGUCCGAGGGCUACAUGUCUCUUCUGGGAGACGAGGGAUCCAGACCCUCUUCACAGUCUCCAUCUGAAGUUUUGCUUUCGGUUUGGCGCCAGAGUCGUGCUGCGCGCUGCGUUUGUGUCACUGUCUGUCUAUUGUUCAUCGGGUUUGUGUUUGGUGUUAGUCUCUUUGAAACCAUGGGACAGUCUCUAACUACCCCCUUAAGCCUCACUCUACAGCACUGGAAGGACACCCAGAACAUCGCUUGUAGUCACUCUGUAGAGAUCCGGAAAGGAAAAUGGGACACCUUCUGCUCCUCAGAAUGGCCGACAUUUAACGUUGGCUGGCCACGAGAUGGCACCUUUAACCUAGAUAUUAUUUUGCAGGUUAAGGCGAAAGUCAUGGAUUUAGGGCCACACGGCCACCCGGACCAGGUACCCUACAUUGUUACUUGGGAAGCCCUGGCCCGGGAACCACCCUCAUGGGUCAAGCUGUUUGUCACCCCCAGCCCCCUUGCUGUUCCCUCUGCCCCUGCCCUACCUCCUCUGCUGGUCCCCACACCCUCUAAGUCUGCCCUCUACCCAGCUAUAACAAAGCAGACCCAGGGACGUGAUCCAGGGGGCAAAAAGACACCGACGCCCCCGGUACUGCCAGCAGACGAUGGCCCCUUGUUGGACCUGCUGACUGAAGAACCUCCUCCCUAUAGGGACCAAGAUCCGGGAGAAGCCGCCGCAGCCGGACCUCAGGAGGAACCGGCUCCUUCCCCGAUGGCGGGGGACCCUUUUAGACUUACUGCUUUAAUCGAGUCCAUUUUAGUAACCCACCAGCCCACCUGGGACGAUUGUCAGCAGCUGUUACAGGCUCUCCUGACCACCAAGGAGAAGCAACGGGUCAUUUUGGAAGCCCGUAAAAACGUUCCGGGGGAUAACGGGCAGCCUACUCAGUUGCCAAACGAGAUCAACAAGGCCUUCCCCUUGGAACGACCUGAUUGGAACUUCGCACGGAGGACGGUUAAGUUAGUGACCCAAGGGUCAGAGGAAUCUCCCUCCGCCUUCUUAGAACGACUAAAGGAAGCCUAUCGUGUGUACACCCCUUAUGAUCCGGAGGACCCUAACCAGGCUACCAAUGUGGCCAUGUCCUUCAUCUGGCAGAUAACCCUUAAUGUGGGGGGGCAACUCGUCACCUUCCUGGUGGACACCGGAGCCCAGCACUCGGUGCUCACCACCUCAUCGGGACCCCUGACUGACAAAUCGGCGUUGGUUCAAGGAGCCACCGGAGGAAAAAGGUACCGAUGGACAACUGAAAGAAGAGUACAACUCGCCACCGGUAAGGUGACUCACUCCUUUUUACAUGUUCCUGAUUGCCCUUAUCCUCUGUUGGGGAGAGAUCUAUUAAUGAAACUCAGGGCACAAAUCCACUUUGAUGGGACUAAGGCCCACAUUACUGGGCCACAGGGACAGCCUUUACAUGUGUUAACCAUAAAUCUGGAGGACGAAUACCAGCUUCACGAGCCUGAAAGGCUUCGGCCGCAAGAAAUGACUGUCUGGUUAGAAAAAUUCCCUUUAGCCUGGGCGGAAACAGGGGGAGUGGGUCUCGCAACCCACCAACCGCCCCUGGUAAUUACUUUAAAGGCACCGGCAACUCCUAUUUCCAUUAAGCAAUACCUGAUGUCGCAUGAAGCUUGCCAAGGAAUUAGGCCCCACAUUCGGAGACUUUUAAACCAGGGCAUCCUGGUACCUUGUCAAUCCCCCUGGAAUACGCCUCUCCUUCCGGUCAAAAAGCCAGGGACGGGAGACUACCGCCCAGUGCAGGACUUGAGAGAAGUCAAUAAAAGGGUGGAGGAUAUACACCCUACAGUUCCUAACCCGUACAAUUUGUUGACUGGGCUUCCUCCGACGCACACCUGGUAUAUGGUAUUAGACCUUAAGGAUGCGUUCUUCUGCUUGAGGCUCCACCCUCGGAGUCAGCCCAUCUUUGCCUUCGAGUGGAAGGACCCGGAAUUGGGAAUGUCGGGUCAGCUCACUUGGACCAGACUCCCACAGGGGUUCAAAAACAGCCCCACCUUAUUUGAUGAGGCGUUGCACCGGGACCUGGCCGACUUUAGGGUUCACUACCCUGCCUUAAUCUUGCUCCAAUAUGUUGAUGACCUCCUCCUGGCUGCGAAAACUGAGGGAAAAUGUCAGGAAGGAACUAAGGCCCUUUUGAGGACCUUAGAAACUCUAGGAUACCGGGCCUCAGCCAAAAAGGCCCAAUUAUGCCAGAGGCAGGUUACAUACCUGGGCUACCAAAUCAGAGAUGGACAGAGAUGGUUGACAGAGGCACGGAAACAGACAAUCCUAAAGAUUCCGGUGCCCAAAAGCCCGAGAUAGCUAAGAGAGUUCCUGGGUACAGCGGGGUUCUGCCGCCUCUGGAUUCCAGGGUUUGCGGAAAUGGCUGCGCCACUUUACCCACUCACCAAGCAAGGGACUCUCUUUACUUGGGGAGAUGAGCAGCAGAGAGCCUAUGCAGCCAUAAAAGAGGCCCUGCUAACCUCCCCCGCGAUGGGGCUUCCGGACUUAAACAAGCCCUUCGAACUGUUUGUAGAUGAAAAACAGGGAUAUGCUAAAGGAGUCCUGACCCAAAAACUGGGACCAUGGAGGCGCCCGAUAGCCUACCUGUCCAAGAAACUUGACCCGGUGGCCUCGGGAUGGCCACCCUGCCUGAGGAUGGUGGCAGCAAUUGCCCUCCUGACUAAAGACUCUGGCAAGCUGACUAUGGGACAGCCAAUAACAAUUUUGGCUCCUCAUGCAGUGGAAGCCCUGGUCAAACAACCUCCGGGCCAAUGGCUUUCCAAUGCCCGCAUGACCCACUACCAGGCUCUACUGCUGGACACUGAUCGAGUAUACUUUGGCCCUAUAGUAGCUCUCAAUCCGGCAUCACUGCUUCCCCUACCGGAGGGUCCAGAAACUCAUGACUGUCUCCAGAUACUCGCAGAGGUACAUGGCACCCGGCCCGACCUGACCGACCAGCCCCUCCCUGACGCCGACUUCACCUGGUACACCGACGGGAGCAGCUUUCUGGAUAACGGAGAAUGGAGAGCAGGGGCCGCAGUCACCACCGAGACUGAGGUAAUUUGGGCUAAGGCCCUACCACCUGGCACUUCGGUGCCACGGGCUGAACUCAUCGCCCUAACUCAGGCCCUCCGGAUGGCGGAAGGUAAGAAGCUCAACGUUUAUACUGACAGCCGCUAUGCCUUUGCCACUGCUCACAUCCAUGGGGAGAUAUAUCGGAGAAGAGGGUUGCUAACCUCGGAAGGAAAACAAAUCAAAAAUAAAGCUGAAAUAUUGGCCCUGCUUAAAGCAUUGUUUUUACCCUCAAAACUGAGCAUCAUCCAUUGCCCCGGCCACCAAAAGGGAGACAGCGGAGAAGCCAGGGGCAACCGCUUGGCGGACGUAACUGCCCGAGAAGCAGCGAUGCAAGGAAGCUCAGAUACCUCCCAGCUCCUGGCUAUAAAACCGGCCGAGGCAGAGGUCCCCUCCAUUCAGGAAUCCCCGCAACAGACUCGUAACCUGAUUAAAUACCUCCACAAACUGACUCACCUUAGCUCCAGAAAAAUGAAAACCCUCCUAGAAAGGGAAGAAAGCUCCCACUAUCUGCUGGGGAGGAAUAAAAUUCUACAGCAAGUGGCUGAAGAGUGCACAGCAUGCGCCCAAGUAAAUGCAGGACGCCAUAGGGUAGGCCCUGGGACCAGGAUCCAGGGACAUCGCCCCGGCACCCACUGGGAGAUUGACUUCACAGAGGUAAAACCUGGACUCUAUGGAUAUCGGUUCUUACUGGUAUUUGUGGACACCUUCUCGGGAUGAGUAGAAGCCUACCCCACCAAACAUGAAACUGCUAAAGUAGUCACCAAAAAGCUUCUGGAAGAAAUCUUCCCCAGGUAUGGCAUGCCCCAGGCGUUGGGCUCUGACAAUGGCCCUGCCUUCGUCUCCCAGGUAAGUCAGUUAGUGGCCAAACUGUUGGGGAUCAAUUGGAAAUUACAUUGUACAUACCGUCCCCAGAGCUCAGGGCAGGUAGAACGAAUGAAUAGAACUAUCAAAGAGACUUUAUCCAAAUUAACGCUGGCAACUGGCUCUAGAGACUGGGUGGUCCUCCUCCCAUUGGCCCUAUACCGGGCCCGGAACACCCCGGGCCCCCAUGGACUCACUCCUUUCGAGAUCCUGUAUGGAGCCCCACCACCGGUCGUUAACUUCUUUGAUCCCUGUGUAACCUCCUUUGCUGACAGCCCCUCUCUAAAAGCUCAUUUGCAGGCACUGCAGAUUGUCCAGAAAGAAGUCUGGAAACCCAUCGCUACUACAUACCAGGAACAGCUAAACCAACCGGUGGUGCCGCAUCCUUUCCAGAUCGGAGACACAGUUUGGGUCCGCCGACAUCAAACCAAGAACUUAGAACCCCGCUGGAAAGGACCAUAUACUGUGUUGCUAACAACCCCGAUGGCGCUCAAGGUCGACGGUAUCGCAGCGUGGGUGCACGCCUCCCAUGCCAAAGCGGCCCAUCACGACGCAGAGCAAGAUCAGGCUCCAGCCUCCUCAUGGAAACUCCAUCGCACCCAAAAUCCACUAAAGAUAAGACUUACCCGGGUUUGAUAUUCUUUCUCUUCCUGUUCGCUCUGUCACACUCCAGUCCCCACAUCCCUGUGAACUCGACUUGGGUCCUGCUAGAUGGAUUUGGUGUCCCUCUUAACAAGACUUCCAAAAUGGCCCCCCCGUACACUUGGUUCCCUGAACUAAGUUUUGAUCUAGCUCAGGCCAUGCCACCCGGGUCCUAUGCCAGACGCAGCGUAGACGUCAAAAAAAAGACAUUUAUGUUGCUUUUAUGCUGACCAUACUGGACUGGUAAGGGAUAAUAUGGCUAAACUCAGAGAAAGACUCAGACAGAGACAGCAAUUCUUUGAGUCAGGACAGAGCUGGUACGAGAGAUGGUUUAGUCAAUCCCCCUGGAUCACCACCCUGAUCUCCUCCAUUAUGGGUCCCCUAAUCAUAAUUCUCCUGAUUUUACUAGUUGGGCCUUGUAUCCUAAAUCGGCUAGUUCAGUUUAUAAAGGACCGGCUCUCCGUCAUACAGACGUUAGUGCUAACCCAGCAGUAUCAUCAACUCAAGCAGCUAGAGACGGAGAUUGACUCUCC